CAACCAGUAAUAACCUCGAUGAUUUAAUUGGUCGCCAGCCAGCCAUUUAUGGCCAUUUCCGGAGUUAACAAUCAGCCAUAUUUCAAAGAUGUGGUUAAACUGCGCUGAAUCGGUAUAAUUUUUGUAAACACACGCAUUGUUUGUAAAUAAAACUGAGGUUUUUUUUCGUCGAAAUGGUAUCUACCAGAGGGAUUAAACUGAAGUUUUUUGAGGGAGAGAGAGUGUUGUGUUACGAGCCGGAUCCAACCAAAGCCAAGGUUUUGUACGAUUCAAAGGUGUUGGAUAUAGUUAUUAAUAAAGACCACAGGGGAAGGAAGACAGUGGAGUACUUGAUUCAUUUCCAAGGAUGGAAUUCAUCUUGGGACAGAUGUGUAGGUGAGGAAUAUGUGCUUAAAGACACUCCAGAGAACAGGCAACUUCAAAAAGAUCUUGCAGAAAAGUCACAGCUACAACUUGGAGCAUAUCUCUACAGAAAGGAAAGGAAGAAAAACAGGAAAACAAGUGAGAGAGCAUCAGCCUCAGAGGAUGGUAGUUCAGGAAGCCCUGCUAGAAUGGAUACAGAUGACGGACACGGUAUGACUAGUAGCUCCGAGGAUGAUUCGUCGAUGGAAGACGAUAGUAUUCAUAUCGAAUUGACGUCUGACUUGAGGGAAAUCCUCGAGAAUGACUAUUAUUUAGUUAAAGACAAAAAUAAGUUGAUGAAGUUACCGGCAGAGCCAAAUAUAGUAACGAUUUUAGAAACAUACUACAGACAUUACGCGACAAACCAGAUUUGUGGACUGACGGAAAAAUCGAAUACAAGAUACAGACCACCUCCGGUGAACAAUCACGUGAAACCGAAACCAGAGGAUAUCCAGAAAAACUUGACCGUGUGUAGGGAAGUGAUGGAUGGCUUGAGAAUUUACUUUGACUUCACUUUGAACGAUCUGCUGUUGUAUAACCCCGAAAAAUCACAGUUUAAGACUGCGCAAGCCGUUUUCUUACCUCCAACGGCGGAAGUUAAAAACGAGAUUAAGACGGAGGAGGACUAUGCUAAUUCCAACAACAACCUAAACAACGGCCACUUCAGCCACAACGGAAACGAUACCAGUCAGAUUAGUUCAAGGAGGCGUACGUUAAGGUCGAACAGGAGCGAAUCUCAAAGCAACGGGAACGUAACGCCUCCUGAUGGCAACGGCAGCAGCAACGCCAAGCCUGGGUCAAGUGUCGGCAGCAGUAAUUCCGACAUAACGGGGCCGAUGGCCAAAACGCUGUCCUGGAGGCUAUUACCCGAACACGUUUACGGGCAACAGCCCCCGCCGCCUUGUUUGGUGUACGGAGCGACUCACUUGACGCGACUAUUCGUAAAACUUCCGGAAUUGUUGACGGCUACGAAUAUAACGGACGAGAAAUUGAAGGUUUUGCUGAGGCACAUCGAUCUGUUGACUGACUUUUUAAACGAUCAUAAGGAGUGGUACGGGGAGCAGCAUUACACUGAUACGUAUUAAAUGUAUACACCAUCGUUUUGCCAACAUUUUUUUUUAGAUUUAAGCGUAUAGUUAUAUUUUUCGUUUAUCCUCGUUACCGUAGAAUAUGAAUAAAUGUGAUAUUUUAAUAUUAUAUAUUUGGUAGUUCUAGCGGUUAGGCUUUUAAGACUGAAUUAUGUUGAUACCGUUUCGGAUUUCAAUAAAAUUAUUC